AUGGCGGGGGAGAAGAGCAAGAUCCUGAUCAUCGGCAGCACCGGGUACAUCGGAAAGUUCAUCACGGCGGCGAGCGCGCGGUCCGGUCACUCCACCUUCGCCCUUGUGAGGGACCCCGCCCCCUCCGAUCCGGCCAAGGCGAAGCUCCUGGACGACUUCAAGGCCUCGGGCGUCACCCUCAUCCAAGGGGAUCUAUAUGAUCACGGGAGCUUGGUGAAGGCGAUAAAGCAAGUGGACACGGUGAUCUCCACGGUGGGGUUCUUGCAAUUGGCCGAUCAGACCAAGAUCAUCGCCGCAAUAAAAGAAGCUGGUAACGUUAAG